AUAAAAUGUACCUACAUAGGUACCUAGGGUAGAAUACAUAGAUCUGCCGAUGCCGAAAGUAAGCCUCGGCAAAUUGCAACAAAGCGUAAAUAUUAAUCCCUGUAUCCCCUUGUCUUGCCUGUCAAGCAAGCAUCCCGCCCUCUCAUAACCUCCGGAGUAUUCAAUACACAGGUACCCUCCCUUACUAAAUAGAUAGAUAGAUACAUAGCAUAGUUAUCAGCAUCCCUCCCGGAAUCGCAUUCAAUCCUUUAUCAACUCGCCUCUCCUAAGUUCUAACCUUUAGGACAAUGCAACUUGGUAAAAGCUAGAGACGAGUCUUGUUUUGUUCUUGACCGUUUAAGAUACCCAGAACCCUAUUUUCAAACUUCGCCAGUGCUUAGUACGCCUUCCCAUCCUUUCCCUCUUCAACCAUCCUAUCUUUCCAAAAUGGCUUCAGACAGAGUCAACUCCAUCCUCAAGCACCUGUCGCCGGGCUCUCCCUUGGCCGCUAUUACGGCGAAGAAUCCCGACGAUGUAGUCAUCACUGUCGCUAUUCGAACGCCCCUCUGCAAAGGAAAGAAGGGUGGAUUUAAGGAUACAUCCGUCGAGUACUUGAUGUACGCUAUCCUAAAGGCUACUCGCGAGCGUCUAGGCUUCUCUCCAGACCUCGUUGAAGAUAUCUGCAUGGGCAAUGUCUCAGAUGCCAAAGCAGCCUACAAGACACGCGCUGCGGCGCUUGCCGCGGGUUUCCCUAACACGACCGGCGCCUCAUCCGUCAAUCGAUUCUGCUCCUCGGGUUUAAAGGCUACGGCGGAUAUUGCCCACCAGAUCGUCACGGGCUCGAUCGAGAUUGGUAUUGCUGCUGGAACCGAGUCCAUGUCUAUCGGAGGCGACAACCUCGAGCAACCUUUUGACGAGGAAGUUACCAAGCAUAGCCAGGAAGCCAUUGACUGCAUGAUGGCCAUGGGAUGGACGAGUGAGAACGUAGCCAAGGAUUUCGGAAUAUCGCGUGAGGCCGUUGACGAGUUUGCCGCUGAGAGCUUCCGACGCGCCGAAGUGACUCAGAAGGCUGGCUUUUUCGCAGACGAGAUUGCCCCCAUCACCACCAAGAUAAAGGGACCUGACGGUGUGUUAAAAACCGUCACAUUGUCACAGGAUGAGGGUAUUCGACCAGGAACCACCGCUACUGGUUUAGGGAAGAUUCGCUCGGCGUUCCCACAAUGGGGUCCCAUCACGACUGGAGGAAAUGCCAGUCAGGUUAGUGAUGGUGCUGCAGCAGUCGUCCUUAUGAAGCGAUCCAAGGCGAUUGAGUUGGGUGUGCCGAUCAUGGCUAAGUACGUUGGCUCUACAAUUGCCGGACUUGCUCCUAGGAUCAUGGGUAUCGGCCCCACGGUGGCGAUCCCCAAGCUACUUAAGCAGUUCAACAUCGGUAUCAAUGACUGUGACGUUGUUGAGAUCAACGAGGCAUUUGGUACUAUGGCCGUUUACAGUAGAGAUUUCUUGAAGCUAGACUGGACCAAGCUGAACCCACGGGGUGGUGCUAUUGCCCUUGGCCAUCCCCUAGGCGCAACAGGAACCAGACAAAUUGUCACGGGCUUGAGCGAGCUCAGGAGGACAAAGAAGAAGAUCCUGUUGACGAGUAUGUGCAUUGGAACCGGAAUGGGCAUGGCGGGUUUGUUCGUAAACGAGCAAUAAUUUAAUUAGUCACAGGAGGAUGGGAAAAUUGUGUAAUUAGGCGAUCUGUUCUUGCUCAUCGAAUUAUUGUAUAUGCGAUCCAAAUAUCAUCCAGUGUUGUUCAUCUUAACUAGAAUUGUCUUUUUCCCACUGAGCUCUUAUCCAUACGAACCCAAGUCAUCAUGUAGUGUUA